AUGAAAGUCUUUGAUAUCCUGAUGGCCUGGUUCCGAGUCAACUCUGGGACUGCUCACAUCUUCUGCCUCCAACGCGAUCCCCAAGACACCAUCCCCAAUCCCCAGAACAAACACAAGAAACAGAUCUUGUCAACCUGGAUCGAUCAUCAUGAAAUUGGCAGUACAUACCAAGAAGUGAUCGACCAUACAUCGCAAAUCCGAGUCGCAUCCCCGACUCUUGAUACCCCAGUUUCCAAUUUCCUAACCAGCUAG